CGGAAGCAAAUGAGAAGAGACCCAGUACAUCUCUCCAGUUAUGGUUGCAAUUUGUUUCCGGUUCCAUCUCAUUUGAAAAUUGACGAAAGAAGUAAUGUGAAACACUCCAGACAAAAUGAAAGAUGAAGAUGAUUCUGGAUUAGAAACAAACAGUAUUCAAAAGGGAUUCACUUUGGGAUUACACUUUUGCCCUGAAUGCCUCGGUAUAAAACCGACAUCUCCAGACUCCAGCUGCUUUUCAGUUCGACAAGCCUCCACCAAGGUCAACCUCUACUGUUAGGCGAUAUCAGGCUUAUUCAUUACAAUCAACAUCACCGAAAACUGGGCAAACGAAGAGCGGAGUUUUGCAGGCGAUGGAAGUCUCUCCAAACUAAAAACUCCCUCUCUCAGGUGACAAAAUUAGAGCUCAUUGGAUGUCUACACGAUAUGCCGUUGCAAUACACCGAACCCAGGAUGCAGAAUGGUAUCAGGAUCCCACUGAACAACUAUCCUGGCAAGAAGUCAAAUGGCUUCAGUUAUAAGAGAUGGAGACUCUAUAAUUUCCGUUCAACUUCACAUACCAUGGCCAGGCUUUGCCAUGGUCCACAAAGCCCAACAUGAGAUUUCAGCAACAUUUGAUGGUAAUCACAAAAGAGCUAUUAAGAUGGUAAUCACAAAAGAGCUGUUAAGAUGUCAAUACGACAAUAAUAACCUUAAACUACAUUCAUGCUUAUAUGUGAACCUCACAUUUCAAUUCAGCUAUUUACAUAUCCAUUUGAACUUUUAACUGACUUUCAUACUGAUCAUUAUUU